AUGUCGUAUCCAUCUGAAUCUGAUAAAAAGAAAGACAGGCAUUUCUCUGAAUCUGAUAAAGACAAAGAACGGUAUCCAUCUGAAUCUGAUAAAAAGAAAGACAGGCAUUUCUCUGAAUCUGAUAAAGACAAAGAACGGUAUCCAUCUGAAUCUGAUAAAAAGAAAGACAGGCAUUUCUCUGAAUCUGAUAAAGACAAAGAACGGCAACCAUCUAAACCUGAUAAAGAGAAAGAAAUAAAUCCAUCUAAACCUGAUAAAGAGAAAGAAAUAAAUCCACCUAAACCUGAUAAAGAGAAAGAAAGGAAUCCAUCUAAACCUGAUAAAGAGAAAGAAAUAAAUCCACCUAAACCUGAUAAAGAGAAAGAUAGCAUUUACCUGUUGGCUCUGACCUCCCAGACUGUAGGGGGCACUACUGAGACGCUAUGUGUAACGGUGUACCCCUUUGGACCUGUUUCACUGGAAGUGAACCUGGAGUACAACCAAAACAGUGUCACUCUUCUGAUGGAAAAGUCUAUAACAGAAGAAUACUACCGUUGUAUCCCAUUCCAGGUUCCUGUUGUAACCAUGGAAUUGGUGGCAUUUAUUAAGAUUGAGAUUAAAGGAUCAAAAACAAUCCUGAACAAGGCAACAAAGAUCCUCAUCACACCUCCAGAACACCUGACCAUCAUUCAGACGGACAAACCCAUCUACAAACCAGGACAAACUGUGAAGUUCCGCAUUGUCUCUCUGGAUACCAAUUUCCUCACCUACGAUCAGAAGUUUCCGACAAUAGAAGUGCAGGACCCAAACUCAAACCGCAUUGGUCAGUGGCUGAACGUCACCACAUACAGCGGCCUUGUGGAUUUGUCAUAUCCUAUAAACUCUGAGGCCACAAAAGGAUUUUAUGUCAUCACUGUUUGGGAUGAGAAAAACAAAGAGCUCACACAAACCUUCGAAGUCAAGGACUACGUUCUGCCAACAUUUGAAGUUACAGUAGAGCUUCCUCCAGUCAUAACCAUCCUGGACACGAAUGCCACGCUGAAAGUGUGUGCAAAAUAUACAUACGGGAAGCCGGUGAACGGGAUAGUGAAGUCCAGGGUUUGCCAUAACAGUUACAGAUACGGGCGGCUCCCACAACGGGGCACAACAGCACCAGACAUCUGCAAGAAUUAUAAAAUGGAGACUGACAAGAAGGGCUGUGUACUACACAUCUUAAAUCUGAAAGAAUAUGCAUUAACAGAUCCACGCUAUGACGCAUCAAUCAUAGCUCAGAGUGAAGUGGAAGAAGACGGCACUGGUGUGAUUCUGAAUGGUUCAGGCAGCUCUCCUAUAACAUCUAAUAUUGUCACGCUUUCAUUUGAGGAUUCACCAACAACAUUUAAGCCUGGAAUGCCAUAUGAAGGAAAGAUUAAAGUGACCGGCCCAAACUCCAGUCCUAUGAAAAGAAAAGUAGUGUUUCUGACUGUAAGUAAGGCUAAUAAUAUAAAUUCAGUCCAGAAGCUGGUUACAAAUGACAAAGGCAUUGCAAAAUUUUCCCUCGACACUGAACCAUGGGGUAUGCAGCAAGUCUCUCUUCAGGCCCAGUAUGAAAUGACUAACAGACCAGAGGUAAAUGGGGGAAAUCAGCUCACACCAUACUACCCCACAGCCUACCUCUGGCUUCAGCCUUUCUACUCCAAGAGCCGGAGUUUUAUUAAAUUGAAGAGCUGCGCGACGCCUUUAAGCUGCAAUAAAAACAGCAUCAUCAAGGCUCAGUACAUUAUACACCACAGCGCACUCAUGCCAAACCAGAAGACCUUAUUCUUCUUCUACAUGGUGAUGAAUAAAGGACAUUUGGUUCAACAAGGACAUAUCGUAGAAGCCAUCACCCCUGGAACAGUCUUAAUAUUUUUCUGUUUUGUAGCAGAGCACAGGGGCAACCUGGUGGUGACUCUGCAAAACAUGCUAAAGUUGUCCCCGGUUGCUCAGGUGGUCUUGUACACAGUCCUUCCCAGUGGUGAGGCCUUGGCAGACAGCAAAAACUUCCCCAUUCAACUGUGUUUGGCUAACAAGGUGUCUCUAAUGUUUUCACCUUCUACUGAGCUUCCUGGUGGUCAGGCGUCACUGAUGCUGAGAGCGUCUCCAGGUUCGCUCUGUUCAGUGAAGGCAAUAGAUCAGAGUCUGCUGCUGCUGCAACCAGAGAAAGAGCUCAACAUCCAAUCUGUGUUCAACAUGCUGCCUGUACAGACCUUAUCAGGAUAUCCGUACAACAUCUAUGAAGAGGAUUCGAACACAUGCUUGAGGAACCCACCCAUUAGGAAUAUCGAAUUUGCUGCACAAGCGUCAAAAUUGGCUGCUAAUUUUCCCAACUCUGGAAAGGUGGAUGUGUACAAUACCUUUAAAGAUGUUGGAAUUAAAGUCCUCACCAAUGCAGACAUAAAUAAACCUUCAGAAUCCCAAGAUGGAGUGGCUUUAGCCAAGCCAGCCGUCCUCGCCAAAGAAUCCACAUCAGCUGGCUCAAGUUCACAGCAACCAGUCAUUACGAUCCGUAAAUAUUUCCCAGAGACAUGGAUUUGGGAUCUCGUUUCAGUCAGUCAGACUGGAGCAAUGACCAUUAAAAAAACGGUCCCGGACUCCAUCACUACAUGGCAGGCUGGUGCAUUUUGUACAUCACCUGUCGGGUUCGGAGUCGCCCCGAAAACUGAGCUCACUGCCUUCCAGCCAUUCUUUGUGAGUCUCACCAUGCCUUGCUCCGUCAUCCGAGGAGAAGUGUUCACACUCAAAGCCACUGUCUUCAACUACCUCCAAAGCUGUAUGAUGGUGAAGGUGACUUUGGCAAACUCACAACAGUUCUCAGCACAAGUGUGUGUAGACUGCAGUUACACAAAAUGUCUGUGUGCUGAUGAGAGCUGGACCUUCUCUUGGACCAUCACACCACUGGUUCUGGGGGAGGUGAGCAUCAACGUGACAGCGGAGGCCGUGCAGUCGUCAUCUCUGUGUGGAGAGAGUGAAGUUACUGUACCAGAGAAAGGACGCAUCGAUUCAGUCAUUAAAACACUGCUAGUGCAGGCUGAAGGAAUCAAACAGUAUAAAAGCUACAAUGAACUUCUCUGCCCAUCAGGUGUAGUUAAGAAGAUGGUCUCACUAACCCUGCCCAAGGUAUUCGUGGAGGGUUCGGCCGUGGCUUCAGUCUCUAUGCUGGGAGAUCUGAUGGGCCGAGCUCUAAAGAACCUGGCGAGUCUCCUGGCAAUGCCGUACGGCUGUGGAGAGCAGAACAUGCUGCUCUUCGCCCCCAACAUCUUCAUCCUGCAGUAUCUGGAGAGCACCAACCAGCUCACACCUCAGAUCAGAAGCACAGCUGAGACCUACCUCGUAAGCGGAUAUCAGAGAGAGCUGACCUACAAACACACUGAUGGAUCUUACAGUGCUUUUGGGAUGAGCGAUGCAUCAGGCAACACAUGGCUGACGGCGUUCGUGAUGAAGUCUUUUGGAAAAGCAAAGCGAUACAUCUUCGUAGAUCAGGUGUUUGUGGAUCAGGCGAAGGCCUGGCUCGGUCAACGUCAGCAGGCUAACGGAUGCUUUGCCUCAGUGGGACAACUCUUCCACACCGACAUGAAGGGAGGAGUGAAUGAUGAGGUGACCCUCUCAGCUUACAUCACGGCUGCAAUGCUGGAACUCAAUUAUACAGUUACAGAUCCUGUGGUAAAAAAAGGUCUUGCGUGCCUGAGGAAUGCGUACACUCAGGUGACCUCCACCUACACCAAGGCUCUCCUCUUCUACACCUUCACGCUAGCUGGAGAUCAGGGGAUGAGGAACACACUCAUCUCUGACCUGAAUGCAAAGGCCAUAAUCUCAGGGGGCGGGCGGCACUGGAGCAGAGUGAAUGAUGGGUCAGUGCCGGACUCUUUAGAAGUGGAGAUGACCUCGUAUGUGCUUCUGGCUCUGAUGUGUGGACCCGAGCUGUCCAGGUUUGGUCUGGGUUACAGCAUCAGCAUCGUCCACUGGCUUUCUCAGCAACAAAAUGCCUUUGGGGGCUUCGCAUCUACACAGGACACUGUUGUAGCUCUCCAGGCUCUGGCGAAAUACAGUUUCGCCACCUACAGUCCAGCAGGAACUGUUACUGUUACUAUAACAUCACCAUCAGGGCUGAUUACCACAUUUACCAUCACUCAGAGUAACAGGCUGCUGUAUCAGGAGAGACAGCUGAAGGAGGUUCCUGGAGAUUACAACAUCAAAGCAGAAGGACAAGGCUGUGUGUAUGUGCAGUUCAAUCUGCGCUACAACAUCCCUCCUCCUCCUGACCGCUCUUCAUUCAUCAUCUCGGCCUCAGCAUCUGGAAACUGCAAAGUCCCAAAUCCAUCUCUGGAAUUGACCAUUACUGUCACGUAUAAUGGUCAACGUUUGGAGACCAACAUGGUGGUCAUCGAUGUCAAGCCUCUUUCUGGAUUCAGGGUGGACGAGACGUCAGUGCAGCUUGUGAACAGCAAUUCAAAGUCAACUGACGGAGCAGUGAAACGUGUAGAAAAAACUGAUGGCAGAGCAAUCAUCUACCUGAAUGGACUGGCAAAUGGAGAGGAGAAGGUGUACACCCUGAAGAUUGUGCAGGACCUUCCAGUGGAGAACCUGAAACCAGCUGUUGUGAAGGUUUACGACUACUACGAGACCAGUGAGAGUGCUGCAGCUGAGUACACCUCUCCAUGUGAGAGUUUGGACAUGAACCCAGCAAGAGCCCAGCAAGAGCUUUUAUCUCGCAUUUGACUUAUUUUUAUGGGAAUUCACUGAGUAGCUUACAGUUAUAUAUCAAAAUGUUUUCAUAUCAAAACAUUUCCAUUUCACAAAUGUUCAGUAACUCAUUAAAAGUGUGUUUGAUUUUUUCCCCUUUCUUCUUGUCAUUAUGCUCAACUUAAACAAUCAAGAUAUAGUUGGUAUUAAGAAAGGUGCCUAUUUCUCACUAAUAUAUAAUCUGCUCUAUAAAUAAAUCAUUUAUAGAUGAUUUGUGUCACUCCACAACAAUAUAAUGUGCUGACAAAAAAUAUUUAUACAAAUCAACAUCAGCCAAAUCAGUAAAAUAAUUUUGUUCUGAUGAACUUGGAAGAUGACAAAUUACCAAAAGUAAUUACACUUAUAAACUAAACAUGAUUUAUUUGCUUUUACUGAUCAAACAGCAUAUUGUGAAUGUACCUUUUCCAAUGUAAAUCAUUUUAUUUUUCUUUAGGUACUGUAUAUCUUCUUUAGAUUUUGUAAUG